UCACUUCGGGAAGAGAAACAGUUUGUAACGUUCGGACGGGUCCUACACCCUGACCGCAGGCCACAGCAGCAGGGUGCAGCCCAUCGAGGAGCAGAGCCCAGUGCAAGGAGCCCUGCGACUGGGGAUGCGGGAGCCAGUAGAUGUGAGGGGCAAUGGAUGCAGAGCCAGGGCCCCGAUUCUCACCUUUCCCUGGGGUAGCCAUGGAGCAUCGCACCCUCCUCCUCUUCGUCCCCCUCUUCCUCCCCUGUGGAGCCCAAGGACCCGUGCAGUGUGAGGAGCAAGCCGUGCCUGCCAACGGAACGCUGGAGCUGCUGCCAAAGAACCCCCUGCGGGAAUGGUCAAGAGUCAGGUGGAGAACGGGGGUGGACGCAGGGUCCUACCAGGUGAUCCUGGAGGCUGAGAGGAGCCACGGCACCUCCGUGUGCAAGAGCCCUUUCUGCGGGAGAGCAGUUUUCCAGGAGGAGCCCCUUUCCCUGCGGCUCAGCCCGGUUCUCGCGGCAGACGCGGGGCUCUACGAGGCCGAGUUUGAGCAGGCAGGCGGCGGUGUCAGCCCGCGGUGCUUCCGCGUGUCGGUGUGGGGUCUGUGUCUCUGCUGUGCCGUGGAGCUGCUGAAGGGGCUGAAGGGGCAAUCCUUGUCCUUCCCAGCCCUGCAUCUCCUGUCCCAUGACAUCGUGCGGGUCACCUGGAGGACCAAAGGGACCCACAUUGCUGAGGCCAUGCCCAGGGUGAGGAUGUUCACCACUGAUUUCCUGCCUGAGUUCCGGGGCCGGCUGCUCAUCCACCCCAACAGCCUCUCGCUGCAAAUCAAUCCGCUGCAGCCAUCGGACAGUGGGAGCUACGAGGUGGUCGUGGACACCUUGUCUGACCCCACCAACCCAAAGACCUUUCGCUACUCCUUGUUGGUUCUUGAUGGAUCUCCAGUGCCAAUGCCCGGGACUGGCGACACCAAAGGAUCCAUCAGGAGCACAGUGGAUCCCCAUGGACCAUCAGUGCCCAGGACUGGUGACACCAAAGGAGCCGUUGAGAGCACAGUGGAUCCCCAUGGAGCAUUGGUGCCCGGGACUGGUGACACCAAAGGACCCAUCAGGAGCACAGUGGAUCCCCAUGGAGCAUCGGAGCCCGGUGCUGGGGACACUGGGACGCAGGACACGGGUGGGAGGCAUCAUCCAGGGUCCUGCGGGGCUCAGGACCGCUACUGCCUGCUGAAGGGGUAUCUCAUGGCCGGGGUCUUUGUGCCGCUGGUGCUGCUGGUGGCCGCUGUCCACAUCAUGACCAGGGACAAAGGCACCAAGGCAGGGAACGGGGUCUUAGCAGGGGUUGAGCCCCCCAGCAUCACCACUCCUCAGGGACCAUCCCCAUGGCAGCGACCAGCCUGGAUUCCAGACCCCGGGAACAGCGUCCCCGCUGCCUCGGUUUCCCCAUUCAGGGCAAGAUGAGGUUACCCUGCUCAGAGCCCCUGGAGGAUGUGAUGUGAACCCAGCUUCCUCAUCUCUUGCACAAGGAGCUGCUCUAAAUGCGUCAACGCUUCUUCCUCCCAAAGCCACCAGCCCUUUGGCACCAAAACCCAUCCCAGCACCAAGCAAGGGGAUGCAGGGACACCGCCGUCACUGGAGACAGCAUCAGGUUCCUAUUUCCAGCCCCAAACGUGGGGGAGAUCAUCACUCAGACCCCCCUCCUGUAGUUGAUAGGAGGUGAAUGAUUCACUGGUGACCCUGACUAAACGCUGCGUGCCAUCCAUUAUUGAGCAGCAGAUCUGUCAAGAAGUUCUCAUAAAUAAGUGAUCUGGUGCUGUCUUAAUGCUGGCAGUAAAUUCCUCA